AUGCAGUUGUCUCGCUUUGGCUUUUUAGGCUACUGCAUAGUCCGCGUAAAAAUGUUAAGCCCAUUUAUCCACAAUUUGAUCCGAUCCAUCAAUGCCGAUAUUGCCACCCACAAAAGAAUUCUCAAAUUAUUUGGUAUGGUAGUUGUGCGGCCGCAAAAAUCCGGAGCCACCUGUAAGAACAUUUUUGAUUGCAUGAGAAAAUUUUCGGAUAAUAUUAACAACCAAUGGAAAAACCGCGCGAACCCGAGAAGCCCAGCCAAAUUCUAUUCUGUAAUGGAACCCGCCCCGCAUAGCUUGAGAAAGAUUCAUUUUGAAAAAAAAGCUGCCGUUUUUUCUUUUACCCGCCAGGUCGCCUUUCAGGGCGAAUCAAUGUGGCCUCUGCUCCUUGAAUCUUUUGGCCAUUUUUUUUGCCAGAGGGAAGAAAAUUAA